AUGGUGAUGUAUUGCUCACUCUGAUGUGUCCUCUUUGGUCGCUACAGCGUUAAUAGUCCCGGGAAGCUCCACCUCCACCACCUUUUAUGUUAAUUUCAGCGUGAUCUCUGCACGGACUGGAGGCAGCCGCUGAGUGCUGCUGGAUCUGCUGCUGCUGCUUCAUGUCGAUGAGGCUUUGGACAGACACAACCUGUCGCUGAAUCACUGUCGGGACUUUGUGUGUGAGAGAAGCGGCGUCGUGUCCGUAUAUAUAAUGUCGCUGCUGAGGACGCGCAGCAGCAGCUGGAUGUGAAUCCUGCCUGUGGUAGUUUAGAGAGAGAGAGGAGGUGAACGCACCUUGCAUCCAGCCAUGGGAGGUCAGAUCACCAGGAAUACCUUCUACGAUUCUCUGAACGGGCCAUUUCCCGCCACAUCUCACCGAUGCCACCACAAGCCCAAGCGCUGCCUGCCCAUUCAGCCGUGUGGAAGUUUGUCCUCCUUCCCUCUGCUCUUUCACCCCAGCACCAAGGGCUCGCAGAUCGUCAUGGACAUGUCCCAGAGGACGGUCAAGAGACAGGCCAGUUUCUGUAACGCCAUCACCUUCAGCAACAGACCUAUCGCUGUGUACGAGCAAGUUCGACUGAAGAUCACUAAAAAGCAGUGCUGCUGGAGCGGUGCUCUGCGUCUUGGGUUCACAUCCAAAGACCCAUCGAGGAUCAACCCAGACACCUUGCCGAAGUACGCCUGCCCCGACCUGGUCUCCCAGAGCGGCUUCUGGGCCAAAGCACUGCCGGAGGAGCUCUGCAACGAGGGAAGCGUCAUCUCCUUCUGGGUGGACAAGAAGGGCCGGGUGUUUUACCGCAUCAACGACUCCAGCCCAAUGCUAUUCUUCAGCGGGGUACAUGCCUCUGAACCUCUGUGGGCUCUCAUAGACGUCUACGGCCUCACCAGGGGGGUCCAGCUGCUAGACAGCGAGAUGGUGACCCUGGACUGCCUGCGUCCUCGCUCUUUUGCUGCCGCCCACCGGGCCUCCAUUCAGCGAAAUGCCGACGACCCUCGCCUUUCCAUCAGCCUGUGUGACCUGAGCUUGCAGCAGCAGGAGACGCAUCUGGACGAAGACGACGAGGAAGAGGAACAGCUACACCGCUUAAGCUCCGCCUCUUGCCACGUGCCCCAAAACUCUCAGAACUCGCAGCAGUGCUCGCUGCUGCCCAGCCAUUUGGACACCGACCUGCACUUCCACUCGGUGCACGGCGUCCACGUGACCGUGCUGGACAAGCACACGGUGGCGCGGCUGGAUCACCGCGGUGACGAGAGGACCCUGGUGUUCACCAGCCGGCCGAUGCGCUGCUCAGAGACCAUUUUUGUGAAGGUGAAGGCGGGCGUCACGCGGCCUGGGUGUCUCUCUUACGGUGUGACAUCAUGCGACCCGGCCACCCUGAGGCCCAGUGACCUCCCGUCUAACCCAGAGUCCCUGGUCGACCGCAAGGAAUUCUGGGCUGUGUGUCGGAUGGCGGUGCCGCUCCACAGCGGAGAUAUCCUGGGCUUUGUGGUGAACGCAGAAGGGGAGGUCAUCAUGAGCCAUAACGGCAUCAGUGCAGGGAUGCAGCUGUGUGUCGAUAACUCCAGACCACUCUGGAUGUUCUACGGUCUGCACGGCACCAUCACACAACUCAGGAUUUUAGGCUCAUCUCCACACCCGGACCUUCGCGGCCCGUCGGUCCCCAGCUCCCCGUCCUGUACACCCAACACCCCCAUGAUGCUUGGCGGCGGCAACUCCGAACCCAACCUCAACACACCUUUGAACAUCAACCUCAAUUCGAGCCUCAACUCCAGCUACUACACAGUCUUUUCCUCCUCCACAGGUACAACCCCGAGCUCUCCAUUCUCCAGCCACCCGGAGUCCCCGACCUUCCCGUCCUGCUCGGGCUCGUGGAGCGACGAAUGCACCAUUUGCUACGAGAACGUGGUGGACACGGUCCUCUACGCCUGCGGCCACAUGUGUCUCUGCUACACCUGUGGCCUCAAACUCAAGAAGAUGGCCAACGCGUGCUGCCCCAUCUGCAGGAGGACAAUCAAAGACAUCAUCAAGACCUACCGGAGCACGUAGGCUUAUGUUAUAUAGAGACAAUGUGCCGCGUCGUCAGGUUUCAGCUCGAGAGCUUUUCAAAGCCAUGUGAAAGCCCUGCUUGUUUUGUGUGUGCAAUCUGGCUCAGGUACUCUACAGCAGGACAUUAAACUCCAUCAUUAUAACAUUGCAUCUAUGUUAUGUCUAAUGCACAUCCUUGGAAAGCUCAGUAAAGAGUCAUCAAUGACAUUCAUCACAUCGACAGAAACUAAAUAUGUGCUGCUGCAGGAACCGCAGAUACAACCGUGACCUACUAUUGUCCAGUGACUGUGAUUUGUGUGCAUCUGUUGAGGAGAAAGAGUAAUCUGAAGAGGCAUCUGUCCUACUUCCUGCAGAGCAAGCCAUCGUUCUGCCGGUGAUAGCAUCGCUGCUAGCGAGUUUUACAACAAGUUAAAUUGUCCAGAGCUGCGGAAGAAACAAGAAGAAUAAAUAUGUGGUUUCACCAGCUGCUCCUCCGCUGCUUGUCAGAGUGCAUUGGGUCAAAAAGUGUUGUUUUAGGGUAAGAAUCUCGACUAAAUUUGAAAGAAGUUUUAUUUGACAUUUUCCAAAUACUUCCAGAGGCCAGUGAGGAAACAGAGUUUUUGCGGUGAAAACUUUGCAGAGCAUCUAAAAUAAGCCUUUUUUUUUUUUUUUUGACAUACUCCUCCUGCAAUAAAACACAAUGCGAUGCCUAAACCGAAAGGGUAAAGGAUAAAUAAAUGAAUUGUUUUGUCGGUUAUCUCACAACCUGCUGUGAAUUUCAGGCAGGGCAAGAUUGGGCUAAGGGUGAAAAAGUGUGAAUGGUUGUCACCAUAGAAGGUCACGCUUGCCGUGAACGAGGAUGUAAAUCAGUGAAGAGGGAGCGAGGGAGGAUGUUGUAUGUUUGGGACGAAGACAGGGGAGGAAGGGGCAUCUUUUUUUGCCGUGUGUCUGCACAUCGUUUCAGUGCAGAGAACGUCACUCAGGCACACCCCAUACAUCAGAAGUUUGUAUGAAAGCCUGUAAAAAUGUGGGACGCACAUGAGUUGCAUGUCCCGCUUCUUGGCGGCCUCAGUAAGCCGGCUGGAUGCUGUGAUUGGACAAAAAGUCGUCCAAAUAAACAUUGGUGGCGCAGCGGAGUAUUUUUAAAAUGCUGAACGAGCACAUUAGGAUGACAAACCGACCUCUUCAUCGUUACAAGAAACCCAUGAAAUCCCACAGGAAGUCAAAGAUGGCUUAGGUUACUUCAGGUUACACACUUCUCGUUCAUAUGUACAUUAAAAUAAAACAUGAAUAUUUGCUUUCAGCGAUGACGUAUUUCAGCACACCGUGUCUUCAAGUGGGGGAAAAAAAAAAGUGCAGUCAGUGACAAGGAUGUAGCUUGUUAUUGUGAGACUUUCAUUUGCAUAUCAGUUUCUGAGUGCUGCUCUCUGUCUGUAAAAGCAAACUCCAAGGACAUUUUCACUCGACUAAUCUCAUGCAUUAUGUACUGCUUUGAAUUGUUAAGAAAUACAAGCUAUUUUCAGGUGUUAUUUUGGCCUCGCUUGAAACAUUGCUCAGUAAUUUUGUAAAUUAGUAAGUGCUGAUUUGUUUUUUUCAAGGUGUUGAAGCUUGUCAUUUCGCUGCCGCCGAGGGAAAAUAAGCAGUUAUGUUGUAUAACGUUUGAGUCACAGUUAAGUUUUCUUGUGUGCCUUUAAUAAGAGAAGUCUGGACACACUUUUUGGUCUGUUAGGCUCCUCACUGUGAAAACCAUAUUCAUCUUAAAGUCACUCUUAACGUGGUUGUGUUGUCUCUGACGUGAGCAGGUUUAACCGCACCAAUACAAAACAUUUCAGUGUGCUUAAUAUCAGUGUGUGAAUUGAUUCACUGCUAAAGAUGAUAAAUAUCGCCUUGUCCCCUGUGUCACUGCAUUGCAUAAUACUGGAAUUUUGUUGUGCUUGAGAGACGCUCAGCCUUUUACAUUUCUACCUGUUUUUUGUUUUUCUUCCUGACCAAAUAUGACCUAGCAGAAAUAAAAACAUUUGUGGAACAUUUUUGAUAGAAAAAUGGUAUUGAUAAGUGUAAUAUUAACUGUACAUUAUGAGGUUUAUUUAUUUUGUCAAUGCUACUAUAAAGAGAAUUAUCACUGUUUGUUUUAUAUGUAUGGCUAUAGUGUCCGAAAAGUAAAAAAUAUUGUUUAUUUUAUUGUUGUUAAAUAUUAUAGAAAACCUUAUUCCAUC